AUGACCAACACGAGUUUCCCAGUGGGCUUCAUCCUGCUAGGCUUCUCCAAAUGGCCCCAGAUGGAAAAGGUUCUCUUCUGGUUUGUGGCAUUCUUCUACAUUAUGAUCAUCUUUGGAAACCUGACCAUCAUUGUGCUUUCUUGCAUAGAUCCUCGUCUCUAUACACCCAUGUACUUCUUCCUUAGCAAUCUCUCUUUCUUGGAGCUUUGCUUCACCACAACUAUGGUGCCCCAGAUGUUGUCAAACUUGUGGGGACUGGAGAAGACCAUCACCUACACGGGCUGUGUCAUCCAGCUCUGUGUGUUCCUCUUUCUUGGUGCCACGGAAUGCAUUUUGCUGGUGGUGAUGGCCUUUGACCGCUAUAUUGCUGUCUGCCAGCCACUGCGCUACACCAUCAUAAUGAACCCACUUCUCUGUUGGAAGCUGGCGCUCACAGCCUGGCUCUCUGGCCUGGUGGAAUCUCUGAUCCAAUCUCCCAUCACACUCCAGCUGUCCUUCUGUUCCCACCACCGUGUGGAUGACUUUCUCUGUGAGGUGCCUGCCCUCAUACGCCUGGCUUGUGGAGACACCUCCUCCAAUGAGUGGCAGUUGACCAUCUCUGCCAUCCUCUUCACCAUCCUGCCUGUGGGGUUGAUCCUAACUUCUUAUGGCUACAUAGCUCAAGCUGUGGGGAAAAUCAAGUCAGAAGAAGGGAGGCAGAAAGCCAUUGCCACCUGCUCCUCCCAUCUUCUGGUUGUCUUCAUGUUUUAUGGGACAGUGGCAAUGGUUUACACAGACCCUAAGAAUGACUUUGCUUCCAAACAUGGAAAGUUCUUCACCUUCUUCUACACUGUGGUAACACCAUUGUUGAACCCUCUCAUCUAUACCCUGAGAAACAAAGAAGUAAAAGAAGCCCUGCUAAGAUUGCUGAUAAAGGGGUUCAGUAAACAACGAUAGUAGAUAACUGGUCUUUUGGACCAGAAAGAAACUUAAAAAUUAUGACAUCCACCCAUACUAUUUAAAAGAAAGGGAUAGGAACUGGUUGAAUGGAUACAAGAAACCCAGAAUGGAAAGGGGGAGUGUGUUGUCACAUUGUGGGGAUAGCAAGUAGAGUCACAUAACAAUGUGUGCAUAAAUUUUUAUGAAAAAUUAACUUGAGCUGUAAACUUUCACAUAAAGCACAAUUAAAAAAAAAAGAAUGCAAGGAGAGGUUGUCUUUGAAGCAUCACUUAAAAAUGUAGAUUUAGUUCAAAGAAGAAAAUUGAUAACUUAUUCUUUUUUUUCUAUGAUUUAAUACACCUUCUUGUUAAAAUCAUAUAAAAUGUAGUACAAUUUUUUGGCACAUAUACAUGCUUAUAAUGUAUUUGGCUAAGGAGAAAUAUUAGUUACAGUUAACAUUGGAGGAACAUAAAUUAUAUUUUCUUAGACAACAUAAGCACCU